AUGGGAGUGCCUGCGUUCUAUAGAUGGCUGACUGAUAAAUAUCCCAGGGUGGUGCAAGAUGUAGACAAAGCCAUGCAAGACCCAAAUGGAGUGAAAUAUGAUAACUUGUAUCUUGACAUGAAUGCCAUCAUCCAUCCAUGUUUUCACCCUGAUAGUAAUCAUGACGAUAUUCCACUUCCAACAACAUUCGAAGAUGUUUUCAGAAAUGUCUUUGACUACAUUGAUAGACUUGUCGACACUGUUAGGCCUCGCAAGCUCGUCUACAUGGCUAUUGACGGGAUUGCCCCACGUGCCAAAAUGAACCAGCAACGUUCAAGACGAUUCCGAGCUGCUAAGGACAAAGAAAUUCAUGAAGCUGAGGAAGAGAGGCUAAGGAAACAAUUUGAAAUGGAAGGGAAACAAGUUCUUCCUAAACAAGAGUCUGAAGUUGAAGAUUUCAAUGUUAUAACACCAGGCACUGAGUUCAUGCAUGAACUCUCAAAGGCACUUAAGGGCUAUAUCUCUACAAGGAUAAAUUGUAACUCAUUAUGGAAGGAUAUUAUGGUGAUUCUCUCCGAUGCUAAUGUUCCCGGGGAAGGGGAACAUAAGAUUAUGUCAUACAUACGCAAACAGCGUACUCUGGAGGAGUAUGAUCCAAAUACCUGUCACUGUUUAUAUGGCUUGGAUGCUGAUCUUAUAAUGCUUGCACUGGCGACUCACGAGCCCCAUUUUUCAAUAUUAAGAGAGGUGAUACAUGUACAGGAUGUCUCUUUUCAGCAGCAACCAAAAGUAGCUGCCAAGCCUUUCAAGCUUUUGCACAUUUGGCUACUGAGGGAGUAUAUUGAGUUAGACAUGAAGAUAGAAAAUCCUCCAAAAACUUGUAGCGUUAUUAAGCUUGAGAGAAUAAUUGAUGAUUUCAUCUUCAUGUGCUUUUUUGCUGGAAAUGAUUUUCUGCCCCACCUGCCAUCUUUGGAUAUUCGUGAGGGGGCCAUUGAUUUGCUAAUGACUGUUUACAAGGAAGAAUUCAGUACUCUUGGAGGACAUCUAGUGGACAUGAACAGGGUUGGAGAAAAAAAUGCUGCUUUUAUGAAGUUAUCUAGAGUUGAAAACUUUAUACUUAAGGUUGGUACAUAUGAAGAGAAAAUCUUUAAGAAAAGAUCUGAAAUACGAGAACGCAAAUUGAAAAGGCUUAUUCGAGAUUAUGAGGAUGCCAGGAGGGAAGAAAAGAAUGAAAAAUGUUUCUUUGAUCUUGACGAUGAAAAUACUUCUGAUUGCACUCUUCUGAUCAAGAAGGCACCAGAUUCAAAGUUGUCUCUUUUGGCGAAUAAUGUUUCUGCUACACAUGCUGAAAUUGAGCAAAACACAAAGGAUUUAAAAGAUGAAUUGAAGAAAAGUAUUAGACAAAAAGGUGACUUACUUUUGAGUGAAGAUUUCUUAGUUGACAAGAUAAAACUUGGAGCACCUGGUUACAAAGAAAGAUAUUAUAAAGCGAAGUUUUCUGUGGAAACUCCUACUGACAUUGAGGGAAAAAGGAAGGAAAUAGUCCAGAAGUACACUGAAGGAUUGGCAUGGGUUCUUCAAUACUAUUUUUCAGCAGUUGCUUCCUGGACAUGGUUUUAUCCGUUCCACUACGGUCCAUUUGUUUCAGAUUUAAAGGGCAUGAGUCAAGUGAGAGUAAAAUUUGAAAAAGGUGUCCCAUUCUUACCACUUGAUCAACUUUUAAGUGUUCUCCCUCCAGGAAGUGCUCAUGCUCUUCCAAAAGCCUAUGCACAACUAAUGCUAGAUGAGAAAUCUAGAAUCCUUGACUUUUAUCCUCAGGAUUUUGAAGUUGACACUGAAGGAAAACGCUUCACCUGGCAGGGAAUUUGCAAACUUCCAUGGAUAGAUGAUACCCGGCUUGUGGCUGAAACCAAAGAACUCAAAAAUGAAUUAUCGGAAAAGGAGGCCAUAAGAAAUUCACUCAAGGCUGAUAGCUUGUUUGUUAGAAGCUCUAGCAAAUUAGCAGAGAAAUUUGGCUCUCUAUCUGUUGACCCAAAUUGCAAGAUAGACACGAGAAUAAGUGAUGGCAUUGGGGGUACCAUAAGUCCUUGCCAUGAAGAAGCUUGCUUGGACCUUUGUGACAACAAAGAAGAUCGUGUCUUAUGUGUCUAUUACGAGCUUCCUGCUGGUAGUAAUCACAUUCCUUGUUUACUAUCGAAUGUGAGCCUUCCAGAGAAGAAAAUCUUUGAAGGUGAUAUCAUGGAAACUGAACUCUGGCAUGAACGUCAGAGAAAUUUUAGUCGUUCUGAGAGGGUGCAAACUCAAGACAAAUGGAGGAGUGAAAACAAGAGCAAUAGUUCAAGGGUUUUCUCACAUUCAAGUAGACAACAUGAAAGAAGCUUUUCAUCAAAUGGAAGUAGCCAACAUGCAAGAAGCUUUUCAUCAAAUGCAAAUAGCCAACAUGGAAGAAGCUUUUCAUCAAAUGCAAAUAGCCAACAUGGAAGAAGCUUUUCAUCAAAUGCACCUUCCUUUAUACACAAAGGUGCUGGUGUUGGAUGGGGUUCAGGUAGAGGGAGAAAAGUUGAUACAGUGAAAAAUGAAAGAAUUCCUAGUCAUGAACAACAUAAUGAUGCAGGCUCCUACCAUGUAACAACUACUAGUGACACCACAUCGCAGCUCUUUGUGAAUGACUUUAGACAAUUCAGAAUAUCAGAGUCUGGUCGCAUGAAUCAGUCAAAGAAUGCUUAUAAUCAUGAAGCUUCACAAUCUGAGAGACCUUUUGGUCGGGGACAAGGUAGGGGUGCAUCUAGUAGCAUUUCAUUGCGGCCUCAAUGGAGUGGUGCAACAUCUCAGCAAGGGAAAGAUCGUAAUCGUUGGUAA